AUACACCGAAAUGAACGAGAACGUCGUGUUCGUCGUUGGUAGAGACGGCAAGAGAUACCCAGUGGACAAGCGCGGGCACAAGUGGUUCACCUCCGAGUUCAACCAGGGGGACGAGCAGUUCACCAAAGCCAAGCACAACUCGUCGAUGGGCCUUGAGGGCAUUUCCGACGGCCACAACCACAGUGCCCCGGGUAUGCGUAGAUUGCGUUUCGACAUUGUGUCCAAGGUCUUUGAGCCUUCGCCAAUGCCUGCCCACAUUCCAGACGUCCCAGAGGUCGGUGCCUCCAGUGCUCCAUUGAAGAGUGCCGCUUACUUCAUUGGUGCCCGCUGCAAGCCGUACAACGACGACUACCUCUUGUGUAAGAAAGAGGACGGCGAGUUCCAAUGCUUGAAGGAGGGCAGAAGAGUCACCCGUUGUGCUAUUUCUGUCAUCGAAGACAUGAACAAGCACUGCUACGACUAUUUCAAGUUGCACUGGGAGUGUUUGGAAAACAGAGAACACAGAUUGAGUGGGUGCAGAAAGGCCGAGACCUUGUUGAACAAGUGUGUGUUCCAGAACUUGGGCUUGGAGAAGAAGAUUCCAGGUGUCAAAGAGCAGAUCCACUUGAAGACUAGUCCUAUUCAGAAAUUCGACGCCGAGUAUUCCCCAGCCGUCGCCGCCUGGGAACAGGCCAAGAAGGAUGGUAGCAUCUAAACAGCCAUACCCAAAGCAUCCUAUUUCACCCCAUUCACGCAUCCCGUGCCCCACAUCGCUUAGACUCUAGGCAUCUGGAACUUGUUCCGCUUAUAUUUCCAUACUGCUCGGGCAGUCUAUAGUCCGUUUAUUUAUUCCGCUGUUUCACAGGUUAUAUGCUUCUAUAAUGUUUUCUUUUCUUUCAAUGUCAUCUGUUUAUAAUGGAAGGGUAUAAACCAGAAUUAUCUGGACCUAAGGAUAAGCCAACGGGGUCUAAUACUGAGGCUAAGAUCGAUCGAAAUCCGCUGAGCGAAUGCUAGUUGCAUUAUAAUCAGCACAGUGGAACAAGCAGUUGAGAUGAAGGGUAUCGAACGGCCGAUGAAAUAGUCACUUGAUUCCUAAGUCAAUGCUUAUAUUUGACCGUUUCCCAUGAAAUCAUAAGCCAUGAGAGGUGAUAAUUUUUUUAAGGGAUCAGAUCAUAAACAAACAUUCUUUCUAUUUAGCUCAAACUCCCCCCCCC